UGUACAAUGUAAAUACAUAUAUAUGAGUAGAUAGACUGUUACUUUAAUCACAUUCAUUAAUGAAGCAUUUAUAAGCUAUCUCAAAAGCUUAUAUGUAUUUUCAUAGAUUUAACAAUGAUGGGAUCGCAAGUAUUAGAGGACGGCCACAAAUCCGUUUUUUGGAUGAUUGUAUUUUUAGUUGCUGUGUUUCAAAUUCGGACAAAAGUGUUUUAAAAAUCUGCAAUGGAAUUUCCAGUUAUAUGUACUCCGUUUUGGAUUCUUCGGUUUGGUAUAAAUAUAUACCUGAUUGUGAUUGUAUUUUUAGUUGCUGUGUUUCAAAUUCGGACAAAAGUGUUUUAAAAAUCUGCAAUGGAAUUUCCAGUUAUAUGUACUCCGUUUUGGAUUCUUCGGUUUGGUAUAAAUAUAUACCUGAUUGUGAUUGUAUUUUUAGUUGCUGUGUUUCAAAUUCGGACAAAAGUGUUUUAAAAAUCUGCAAUGGAAUUUCCAGUUAUAUGUACUCCGUUUUGGAUUCUUCGGUUUGGUAUAAAUAUAUACCUGAUUGUUGCUGUGUAUCAAAUUCGGACAAAAGUGUUUUAAAAAUCUGCAAUGGAAUUUCCAGUUAUAUGUACUCCGUUUUGGAUUCUUCGGUUUGGUAUAAAUAUAUACCUGAUUGCUACGAGAAGGGGCGUAGCACAGCUGAUAUCGCUAAUAGUUUAUCCCGAACAAGUCGGCAGGCAACGUUCAUGCUAAAAACUCUACAAAAUACUAGAUACUAAAGAUACUAGAUUCUAUAAUAUACUAUAUUAAGAAAGCUCGAAAUACCAAUGAGAGUUGUUAUACAAAUCGGAAAAUAUCUAUGUCCAUAUUUCUUGCAGUCUUGUAAAAAACCUUUAUAAGUACACUUGUGUUUAAGAAAGGUUACUUCGUGGGUGCCGUUUAAGGUUGUGCUCCCUGCAUAAAUAAAAAAAAAGCUUCUUAAGUUAUUGAUCAUAUAUUUUUCUGAACAUCCGAUGACAAUUAGGUCAUUCACAUACAAGAAAGCCUGGGAAGGUUCAAUACCAGAAAAAUCUAAUUGUCAUCAUUCUGUAAUAUAAGGAAGUCGCGUGAAGCGAUAGAAGCCAUUGCUCUUAGAAAGGGAAGUUACAUAUUUUGAUAUAAGUUCUACUUGAUAAAAUACUGACAUCAGAAAAGCUCUACCCAAUUGGUCGGGAAUGUCGUCUAUUUUUGGUAGUCGAAAUUUGUUACUUAACACCGUCUUUUGGUAUCUUAAUUUGGUAAUGAUUUUUUCUGUACCAUAUAAUAUACUGUUAUAUUCAUUCAUUCGGUUGUAAAAAUUAUUAGUUGAUAUCGACUCGGUUUCUGUUUCGAAUAAGCAAAAAGUAAAAAGAAUUUGCAAUUUAAAGUUCGCGGGCCUAACGUUUCUGGCUAGUUCUGUUUUUCUUGAGUUGGCAGGACUGUUAUGGGCCAACUAGGCCAAAUUAUAUGUCAAUGUCAUUAUCAGUUAUAUAUUAACGCUUGUGUUUACAAACGACCAAAAGUAUAUUUCUCGAGCUGAUAUCGCUAAUAGUUUAUCCCGAACAAGUCGGCAGGCAACGUUCAUGCUAAAAACUCUACAAAAUACUAGAUACUAAAGAUACUAGAUUCUAUAAUAUACUAUAUUAAGAAAGCUCGAAAUACCAAUGAGAGUUGGUUACAUUGUUGAAUUGAAAUGGUCUUGGAAUAAACGCACAAUUUACACAGAUAACUGAUAAAUCCAGUGGGCUCGCGAAGUUGCAUAUACACUCCUGCUCUGUGAGCAAAAAGUAAUUUUUCAGACAACUUUGGAUCUUGUUGGUAUCUUGUGAUUACAUCACAGGAUAAUAAUAAGAUAAUAAAGGUUAUCGGGUUUCAAUAUCAGCCAAUCGUUUUCUGGUUUUAAAUCUAUUUGACAAUUGCAUUUAUUUUAUGAAAU